ACUCUGUGAGUGGGGAUGCAGCCACUCAGAGUUGGGACCAUGGCUAUUGACUGGGUGGGUUUUGCAUAUGCUGCACUGCUGGCUGUUGGAGGUGUCAUAGCGUACACUCGGAAAGGUAGUAAAAUCUCUUUAGCUGCUGGGCUCACCUUUGGAUCUGUGGCUGGUUAUGGAGCUUACUGCGUAACACGUGAUCCAAGAAAUGUGAAGAUAUCGUUGUUUUCAGCUUUUCUUUUGACCAUUAUAAUGGGAAUGAGGUUCAAGAGGUCCAAGAAAUUAAUGCCAGCCGGACUAGUAGCAUGCCUGAGCCUUUUGAUGAUUUUGAGGCUUGUUUUUAUGCUGCUGUAGGAGAAUUUAGCAACUUGAGAACUGAACAAUGACUGCCACGCUCGCCGAACAAACAGGCGAGCUCUCCGUACUUGAAAGCCACGUUUGAACACAAGUCUUACAUUGCAUUUAUCUGCCCUGCAGAGGAGCUCUACCUGGAAUUUUGAUUAUUGACAUUUGCUGAUAUUGUGCAAGCUUUUUUUUAAAAACUAAAACAAAUGUUUUGUCGAGGAUAUAUUUUGAUCUACUUCCGUUUCAGCGGUUUGUUAAAUCAAGGGAUCUUUUUCUCCGAAUUUGAUCUCUUUCAGGGGUGCUGAGCGCCCCAGGAAAUUUCAGUUAGUCUUGCACUGUGUCUCUGAGAGAAGAAUAUAUAUAAAUAUGUGUUUAUGAUAAAAAGGUAUAUUGUAUUGAGUCAUAAUUUUGUAGUUUCUGAGAUUAAAUAAUCAAUUGAAUUAUCUUUUACAGUUUCUUUCUUAUUGUCAUUUACUAAGUAAUAAAGGCAGAAGCCUGUACUGUGUUGCACUAGAAAACCCACCUUUCUUUCAGACACAUAUCUUGUUGCACUGGUUCUAAAUGUAAAAACUUAUCAGUGUUCAAAUAAAACAUAAAAUGUU